AUGCGAUUGAAGUUUGGUUCAAGCCGUGAACGGCAUUCUUCUGCUGACACAACAUUCCAAUAUACACUUUUCGUUGGUAAAAGUGCCCUUGUGGGUCAGUUUUUGUGGGAAGAAUUUAUCAAACAGUACCGACCAACAGUGGAAGAAUUCAAUUGGAUCGAAUAUAAAAAUGAUGAUGGUGGUAAGACACUUCUACAGGUAGUCGAUUCUAGUGGCUCCCGCGAUUUUCUGGCUAUGAGACAUUUGUAUGCAAAAAUUGGUGACGCUUUUGUUGUUGUAUUUGCAGUGGAUGAUCCGAUAUCGUUGGAUGAAGCCAAAGAUAUCGUUAAAGAGGUUCAAGCACGAAAUAUCAAAAAAGCACCGAUAUUUUUUGUUGCCAAUAAAAUUGAUCUCUACGAAUGUGAGGAGCAAUGGAUAGCAAAAGAAUCGAGAAGCUAUGCGCUCGACAAUAAACUUCAUUUCUUUGCUCUUUCUGCUAUUAAUCUUCCUCAGGUAACUGAGAUAUUUCGGUGUGUAUUGAGUGAAAUUGGGAAUUUUCAUCCGGCAAGAAUGAAAAAGCGCCGUCAAUCGAUGCCAACCACUCGAGGAAGUAGCUACAGUGAUGUUGAAAUUAAAGCUAUUGAACUGCUAAGCAAAAAGCAUGCUAUGGAUAAAAAAAAAUUAUGUACAGUAUCAUGA